UGUAGGAGUACGUCGACAUUUUUGUUUUGUGUACAGAUAAUUUUUAAUCUAGAAUAAACUGUACUUGAUGUAGUGUGCUUUAAAAAGUUUAAUGUUAUGGUUAAAGUCGUUAGGCUUAAAACGUAAAUAAUUCAAAGCUAUUCUUUAAAAUUUGGCGAACCCAAGCAUUUCCAUUUUAGAAAGAUAUUUGUUCUUUAUACAAUUACAAGAUGAUAUUGAUAGGUUUAUUUAGUAAAACUAAAUCAUACCGACAGCAGUAAUACUGUAUUUAUUAUUGCUGGCUGUAAUGAUGAAGAAAAGAAGUAUUGAAGCAAUUACAUAGACUUCCUGUGUGCUAAAACCAUGAGAAUUUAACCUUAAACCAAGCCAGCGUAUCAAGAGUGAUGAUGAAUUAUCAUGACCAAAGACUGCUAUCUCCUCAUCAGUUUGGUGUGGAUGAUAAACAAAUUGAUUUUUGAAGAUGGCAAUGUAUAUUUGCUUCAAGGGUCGAGGUGAUUCCAAAAUUUGGAGUAGGAGCAAUGGAUGGUCUCUUCCUCUCCACCCACUGCAAGCAUUGGCUUGGUUUUUCUUGUUACUCUUUGCAGUGGUUUACUUUGGUGUUUUGGUACCAUCAAUUCCUUGUGGAGUGUGGCAGAUUAUAGCUUAUGUUAUCCUGAGUAUGAUAUACAUUAUUCAUCUAGUAAUUCAUGUCAUCAGUGUGAGCCUCAACCCUGCAGAUCCCAAUGUGCUUGCCAAAAAUUGCAGUGGGCCAUGUCCUACAUUUGAUCGCACCAAACAUGUGCAUGUAAUAGAAAAUCAGUUCUGUUACAUAUGUGAAGUGAAGGUGGGGUUAAGAUCCAAACACUGCAGUGCAUGUAACAAGUGUGUGGCUGAGUUUGAUCAUCACUGCAAGUGGCUAAAUAAUUGUGUUGGAGGAAGAAACUACAAGUUCUUCUUGCUGUGUGUUGGUUCAGCAUUAGUAGGAUGUUUCACAAUAUUUCUUGUGUGCUUAGUGUUAACAGUGGCAUAUUUUGAUCCAUAUAGUUGGAUCUACACCUUUGAAAAAUUGACAACAUCCAGUAGUACUUCUGAUGUACCCGAUUCUUCUGUGGACUUUGAUGCAUUUCCUUUAAACUCUACAUAUUUACCUUCUGCUAACAGUACUUCAGGAUACAUGUUUUAUGUGUUUGUUCCUGUGGAAGAAAACAUCUGGUUGGCUGUGAUCCUCUGGAGUGGAGGACUGUCUUUACUUGCUGUUGGUCUCCUUGGACACCUGUUGGCAUUUCAUGUUUACUUAGUGUGUCAGGGUCUUUCCACAUAUGAUUAUAUUGUUCAGAGAAGAGAAGCAGUUGGUGCAAGUGAGACAGCUAUUGUUUCACAGUCAGAAGCUAUCAAUUCUACCAUGAAAAGGAAAAUUUGUUCCCAGUUCUGCAUUUUCAUUUCACCAAAGAAGGGUAACCAAAUAUCACCUAGUCUAAUUACUGACACCAAAGAAGCAGCUGAAAACAAUGAGCUAAAUAUUCAUAACAAAGGAUCAGAGUCAAGUGAAAAUCAGAAAGACCAAAGUACUGUAGAGAAUGGAAGUGUGUUAUGUAACAGUGUGAGGAAUGACAAAGAGUUAGAAGAGACUCCAGGAAAUGUGUAUAUAGGGAGUCCUCAACGGAGAUGUGAAUAUAUAAAUGAAGGUCCUAAACAGCUAAAGAAAAACAUAAAAAAAACUCAAUUUGUUAGUCUAAUGGGUUGGAAACUACAGCAGCCUAUUUUUGAAGUUAAAAAAUUUUGA